AUGUUAAAAAUUUUUUUUUUUAUUCUUAGGGUUGGCGAGUCGAAGGUAGAAAAUCAAACACAUGAAGAUAAAAUUCCAGAACCCGAUUAUGCCACUGGUAUAGGCUCAAAAGAAAAAGAUAUUCUAGAAUCAGCAAGCGCUAAACUUCUUGAGCUUCUUGAAGAUGAAAUACGUGAAGAUUAUCUCUUUAGCGUGAAGAAAGCGAUCGUAGACUUUGUUCUGAAGGAACCAGUGGACAAACAAAUAAAAUAUUUUGAGAAUAGCGAUGAAGAAGAGUCAUCUGUUUAUGAACACAGAAAAGAGCUAGAAAUUGUUCCAAAGCCAUGGCAUAGCUCUUUUAUUGCUGCAUCUCGAUUUUGUCGGAAAAAUCUUUUUGUAACGAAUCCAUGUAUGAUGCAGGUUCUAGAUCUAUGGCAUGCUUCCUUUUCGUAA